UCUUCUUCUUCUUCUUCUUCUUCUUCGUCGUCUCGACCAGAUCUCAGUUUCUUUUCGUUUUGAAAACUAAUCAGCAAUGACUCAAAUUCUCAGAAACGUCUUUACAGUUCCGGUGGAGGGGGUACUUUUAACAUAUGUCUUCCACCGCUCCCUUCAGCAGCUUCCCUGCGGCGAGUUUCGUUCUACCACCACAUCUAAGUCGAUUUCUCCGGAUCCGGUGGAAACCUCUGUCGCCACAUUUAAGGUGUACUGUAGCCUCUGUAGGGUGCGUUCGCAGGUGAUCGUAGCCUCUAUAGGGCGCGUCGCAGGUGAUCGCACCUCCUCAUCAUGCUACGCUGUUGAAAACCGUUAACAGAACAAAAUGUGUUCUAUCUAAUCGCACUCCCUCUUAGACGCAAUGGCGGAGAAAAAACCUUGGGCUCAUUUGGACGAUGCCAUCAACGAUUUCUGGAAAUCUUUUUCUGGAGCUACGGAUGAUACAAAUCUGAGUCUCUUCUCCAAGGAUUACACUGACGAACGCAUUCCUGAGAGUUUCCUGGAAAAAUUCCGUGUCAAAUUGGUAGAGGCAAAGUGGACUCUCAGCGAAGAUCCAGGCUGCAAGAUCCCAAAAGAUCUGAUGGAUGAGGUGUUUCAGGCUACUAAAAAAAAAAUGAUGAGAAAGGUAAGCAAACAGAAUAAGAAGAAACUCGCAGAAGCUGAGAAGAAGGGAGAAAUUGCAGAGAAUGAAGAAAUUGCAGAGAAGGAAGAAGUUGUCUCUACCCUCACAGAAGAAGAAAUGAAGAAGAAUCUGGACUCUAUGUUGCAGAAAAAUGAAGAGCGUGAAAAGACUAAGAUGAUAAAACGUGGAGAGAAAGCUGUUAAGAACAGUGGCAAGACUAUGGAGAAGAAAAUGGCAUCUCAAGAGCUCAGCAUGAAGCACCAACUCAGGGGAUACGAUAAACUGAUUUGGAAGUCUUGGUGGGAUUGAGAUAAUUGAUGAACAUGAAUAUGAACUCUUGGUGGGAUUGAGAUAAUUGAUGAACAUGAAUAUGAACUCUUGGUGGGAUUGAUGCUCUCUGUUGAUAAUUGAUGAACAUGAACAUGAACUCUUGGUGGGAUUGAUAUGCUCCCUGUUGAUAAAUAAUGAACCUGAAGUUUAUUAGUAUGAUUUGUGAUGAUAUUUGAAACAAAGAGUGUUAAAAGGAUUUCUUUGGAUAUUUGAUGUUUCUCGGAUAUCUGUUAUUACUAGCUUUUCAAUUCA